AUGUUGGCGUUUGUUGGUGGUGUUGCAGCCGGUGCUGCGCUCUAUCAUUACUGCUACGCGAACAAGAAGGAAAGCCCAUUGCCCAAUAAAUCAGACCAGCAACUCAAAUCUACAGAUAAAGUUAGCAGUGGCACUGAAGUUUCUGUGGAACCGGGAAUGAUCAGUUACCGAUUGAAAAGAAAUACACCAUCGUUCAAAGAGACAUCUCCUGCCAAGGUCACAUCAACAUCAAUGGUGGAAACCGCACUGCCGUAUAAAGGAGAAGUUUUAGCCACAAUUAACUGA